AGUAGCUGGCGUUAAGGGUUUAUACGUGGUUACCUCCCCACCCCACCCCACACCCCUCCCUCCACUCCACUCCACUCCACCACAGUGAAGCCCCUCACGUUUCUUCAACAAGGGCAUGGGCAACUGGCAUCUGCCACAGAGCAGACUCAUCAUCGGAUCCGCUCGGACCACAGGCCAAGGAGAUGACCGUGAGUGUCGCUGAGAAUGGGCAACACACACUCGGAGGCCCUGGUGUCGAGGGAGAGGGAGCUUCCGCUACAGUGCGUGGAGGUGCCGGGGAAGGAGGGAGAGGAGGACAAGGCCGGCCGCAAGGAGGUGGCGCCGCGGGCAUCGUCGGGCCAGACCGCCGGGCCGGAGCCUGGGCCCGAAGCACAGGGCCGGGAGAACGAGGGCAAGGCGGGGCCGGGCGCGGGGGCCCGACAGCCCCCUCCAGUCGGGCCCUCGGCCGCGGGCGUCAAGGCCAAGCUGGGCCCGGGCAAGAAGAGGAAGAUCGCCAAGGCCCGCAAGUGGGCCUCCAGCCAGGUGGCAUCGCAAGAGCCCGUGAUGGCCGUGGAGAGGCUGCGGCCUAUCGUCAUGGCCGAACUGAUCCGUGUGCAGACUGCCCGUCCCGGCAUGCCCGCCCUGGGUGGGGGCGGCUGCCAGCUGCCCAAGGAGGGCGGGCAGGAGAAGCAGCCCAGGCCCAAUGGGGGGGAGGCCCCAGGCCUCGAUGUCCCUCACCCCCACGGGCAUGAGCUGGGGGCUGGGCCCGGCCUGAAGCACAGGGGACAGGGGGAACCGACUGGUGCCAUCCUCUCUCACCCUGGCCGACACCCCGCCCCGGGUAAAGCGGGCAAGAGGGCCCAGUUGCCGUGGACAGCACAGCAGCCGCAGCAAGGCGAGGCAGGGGCCGUGAGGGGCGCUGGAGGCCAGGCCGCCGUCAAAGCCAACGGCAACGGGAAGGAGUCACCCUGCAAGCUGAUCAAGCUGAGCAUCAUCCGGCCCCCGGCUCCCACCACCGGAGGCUGCAAGGGGCAAGGGCCCAGUGAACAGCAGGCCGAGGGGCCCCGGGAGGGCCAGGGCAGCACGGCGGGCGAGACAGCGCCGGCGAACGACACCAGGCCCGGGCAGGCCUGCCCGCCGGAUGCCAGGCCGGGCAAGAACGUGCCGGAGCCCACAGUGGAGGCUGCCCCCAGGCACGGCCGGCUGAAGGCCCACUCUUUUCUCAGCAAGCGGGGGGCCCACGUGGAGCCGGCCGUGGGCUUACCCCCGCACUCGGCCCCUCCCCUCGACCUCCCGCCUCUCUCACCCACCCACCAGGCCUCCUCCCCGGUGGCCAUCUCCUACGCCCAGGCCCUGAAGCAGGCCCCAGAGCCACGUAACCCCGGGCAACCCAGGCCCGCCCAGAGGGAAGUGGAGGCAGCUAGGCCCGAGACCAAGGAAGCGGGUGAGGCCCGUCAGGCCCAUGAUCACGCCUCGGCUGCCGGCAAGAAGAAGCUGCCCUUCUACGAGCAGCUGAUCGCCAGCCUCAAGAGCCAGGCUCAGCGGCAGAAGGGGGUCAGGCCUCAGAGGGCGGCGCCGGCCCAGGAGGGGGCGUGCCCGUGCGUGCCGGGCAAGGCCGAGGCAGAGACUGAGGCAGAGGAGGAGGCCCGGCCUGUCGCCCUGGCAACCCCCGAGCCCCUGCUCCUCCCCAGCCCUGGGCCCUCCGAUCCGGGCCCUGCCCCCUUCCCGCGGCCCCCCUCCCGCUCCACCUUCCAGUUUGAGGGCCGCGUUUGCCCGGAGCAAGGCGGCGGGGAGAUGCCUGCAUGGUUCCAGGCUCCGUGCCCGCUGGGGCCCGAGGAGCAGGCCCAGGCCUAUCGCGGAGUCUCCCUGGUGGCUCCCGCCAUGCCCGCCAGCCCCCCUGUGGUCCCGGCCACACUGGACUGGCUCCAGCCUGAGCCCAGGGCCACGGCUCCUCCACCCUGCCCGCCGCCCGUGCCAGGGUUGGAGCCCCUGCCAGUCUGGCCCCUGGCACAAGGCCAGGCCCAGGUUCAAAUCCAGGCCCAGCCGGGCAGCCUGAUUCAUCCACAGUGCCCACAGCCUGCGGCACAGGCCCCCCCACACCCACAGCGGUCCAGUGGCAUCGAGCAGCCACCGCAGGCCCUGGCACUGCCCCAGCCCACCAGCCAGGCCGAGGCCGAGCUGCCGACCAGGCAGAGGCCGUCCCCAGAGCCGGCACCACCUACCCCCAAGGCCCAGCUCCAUGCAGAGACCAAAACCACCCCCAAACCCCCGGCCCCGGCCCGGCCCAGAGCGGGAGGCGCCAGACCUCAGCGGCAGGAGCAGCUGGCAGCGCCCAAGGCCCCAUCCCAGCCGGCCACCGCCAAGGCCAGGCCCCAGCCUCAGGCCCGGGGCCGGAAGGUGCAGCCCAGCGGCUCCAGCCAGCGGCCGGAGCCUCCCACGGCCACGGCAGAGGCAGAGGCAGAUGCAGAGGUGGCGCAGGAGGGCAAGGCCGCCGCUCGGCCCACGGGACGCUGGGCGGCAUUCCAGGUGGACAGGACCUGCACCCGGACCUGUCGCUGCCGGCACCGCCACGCCCACGGGCCCUCACGCCUGCCCAGGAACGUCGAGGCCUGGAACGAGUGGGUGAGGGAGCCCUUCUGCGAGAUACCCUGGGUGAGGACGGCAGUGCUGGCAGGCUCGCUGGUGGCCGGGACCAAAUUCUGCAUAGACCACUUCAAAGCCAACAACAUUCUCAACUAAACCACCAAGGCAGGCGGAGGCCAGAUCUCAACCUUUGGGAGAUUUCUACAGUCUACGCCCGACAAGACCCAUUUCCCGGACAUUGUUCACAGAUUGUUCCAAUUCCAGAUGGAAUUCUGCUCUAUCUUAUGUCAUUAAAUCCCAGUUACUGCCAUUUGGACGCUCCGCACAUGAAAUCAAGUCGUCACAAUGAAGGAGCAGCAUUGUUAACUUUUGCAAAUCAACUCCUGCAAUUGUUACAUUUCGCUUGCUAGGUGCAGGGGAUUCAGUGCCCUCCCCACUCUGCCCAAACCCCUCUCCCCUUCUACGUUCAAGAGGCCAGCGGUACACCUUGGAUCCCCUGUAUCUCAGCACAACAACCCAAUGUCGUUUUACUCUGAACUCCUGCUUGUUAUACUACAAAUAAAGUUUAUUUUA